UACGUAUCGUACAAGAUGGCGCGUGGACCCAAGAAGCACUUGAAACGUUUAGCCGCACCGAAGGCAUGGAUGUUGGACAAAUUGGGUGGUGUUUUCGCCCCACGUCCCUCAACCGGUCCACAUAAGUUGCGUGAGUCGCUACCGUUGUUGAUCUUCUUGAGAAAUCGUCUAAAGUACGCCCUAAAUGGCGCCGAGGUGACCAAAAUUGUCAUGCAGCGCCUGAUCAAGGUUGACGGCAAGGUGCGCACCGACCCAACCUACCCAGCUGGUUAUAUGGAUGUCAUCACCAUUGAAAAGACCGGUGAAUUCUUCCGCUUGGUCUACGACGUCAAGGGUCGUUUCACCAUUCAUCGUAUUUCCGCCGAGGAGGCCAAGUACAAGUUGUGCAAGGUGCGCAAGACACAGUUGGGCCCUAAGGGCGUGCCCUUCCUUGUCACACAUGACGGUCGCACCAUACGUUACCCCGAUCCCUUGGUCAAGGCCAACGAUACCGUGCAGGUGGACAUAGCCAGCGGCAAGAUCACCGACUACAUCAAAUUCGACUCAGGCAACCUUUGCAUGAUUACUGGAGGAAGAAAUUUGGGACGUGUCGGCACUGUCGUCAACCGGGAGCGUCACCCCGGUUCUUUCGACAUUGUCCACAUAAAAGACUCGCAGGGUCAUGUGUUUGCCACCCGUUUGACCAAUGUCUUCAUCAUCGGCAAGGGCAACAAGCCCUACAUUUCAUUGCCAAAGGGCAAGGGUGUUAAGCUCAGCAUUUCCGAGGAGCGUGACAAGCGAUUGGCCGCCAAGACCCACUAAUGGACGUUUGUAUGGACAAACGAUUAAAGAGGAUGAUGUUUUCUUUUUAGUAUAACUGUACGGCAAACUACAGAAUAAAAUUAAAAACCAACAACGUGAAA